AUGGAGAACUUCAAGAAGGUGCGCACGGAGGACGCGGACACCGAGGCUGAGAGUCCCGGGCCCUUCGCCGACCUGGCCCCCGGCGCCGUGGAGAUGAAGGUGAAGGAGGGCAGCAAAAUCCGCAACUUGCUCGGCUUCGCCGCUGCGCGCAUGGAGCAGCCGACCACUCGCACCAUAGUAUUUAGCGGCUGUGGCCGCGCCGUCACCAAAACCGUCACCUGCGUGGAAAUUCUCAAGCGGCGGCUGGCUGGCCUGCACCAAGUCACCCGGCUGCGCUACCGGAGCUUACGGGAGGUGUGGGAGAGCCGCCCGCCGCCGCCCGGCUGCCCGGGCCCCAGCCUCAGCGUGCAUAAGAACGUGCCCUCCGUCUCCAUUCUGCUCUCCAAGGACGCCCUGGACCCAGGGCAGCCCGGCUACCAGCCCCCAGAGCCCCGGCCCGUCGCGCAGACCCGGGCGCCGGCGCUGGCGCCAGCGCCGCCUGCUGCCCCUGGACUGAAGAGGGGCCCCGGCUCGCCCGCGGCCGGGGAGAGGGCGAGUAAGAGGCUGCAGGGCCGCGAAAGGCCGGGCGCGGAGGGGGAGGGGAGCUGGGACGGUGCCGGCUGA